AUGGAAAAUAAUAAUAUUAAUAAAACAAAAUUAAGAAUAUUGUUAGCAACAGACUUACAUUUACAUUAUGAAAAUCUAAAUGCUCUUGGUAAAUAUAUAUCUGAAAAUAAAGAAAAUGGAGAUAUUGCAAAUUUCGAUCCGAUGGAAGAGGAUCAAAUGGAGAAGGUCUAUGUCUGUGAGGGUGAGAUGAGUACCGCUCUACAGAUGCUAGAGAACAUACACUACAAUGUUAUCUAUGUGCCUGGUAACCACGAUGCCAAAACAACGCUGUUGAACGCACUCGACAAACGUCCGCGUCUCACCAACUUUGCUCGCAAUGCGCAUCGUCACACCAUUAGAAUCGCUGAGGAUCUAGUGUUGCUCGGUCUUGGUGGAAGUCUCCCGGGUUACCGCGGUGACAAAGAAGUAUGGGUAGGCUAUCCGUUCAAGAGUGACUCUCAGCUAAAGUCAGAGCUAGACGCCACCUGGAGAGAAGCGUCGUCGUCCGGCUCCAUCAAAGAGAAUGACUCGGUGUUGCUGAUGACACACGUCGGACCCGACUCAUCGACAACCACAAUCGAUCGUCUCGAUACAUCGGUCGAACCGAUUCAUAGCGGUAUUAACCCAGGCCCACUUAAAUUCUCCAGAUUCGCAUUGAUAACAAUCGAAAAGAAAGUAAACUUUGGUUGGAGAGUUACAAGUACUGAAUUUAAAACACUUUAA